UUCUUUCCUUGCUACCAUCGCCAGCGUUGUACCUCUUCGCACGCCGCCUUUUAUCUUUUUUGGCUGCCUCAUUAGCUGUCUGUUCUGUCAACUAUGCCAGGCGAUAGGAGAUUUCCGAUCAAAUGACGUCCAUGAGGAAUGCUAUGAUUAGAGCGAGCCAAGCUCUGCUUUCUACCAUCAUCUUCGACGAACAAUGGCUAUUGAAUUCGUUCCGCUCCCACUGCCAGCGUCUGCUGAUCCUUCCAAGUUCACCACCUUUGGACGUCAAGUGAAUGGAGUAGAUCCGGGGAACUUUACCCCAGAGCAGUUUCAGGAGAUCCGGGAUGCCCUUUACAGGCAUGAUGUUCUACUGUUCCGCAAUGUUGAUUUAUCGCCAGAGCAGCAGUAUGCGUUGACGAAGGCGUUUGAUCCUGAAUCGGAGAACUACGGCCACGGCAAUAACAAGACAGAGGGCACGAAGACGUCUAUCCUUCAUCCGGACCUGAAGACAAUCCCCCGUGUCCCUCAGGUCCAGCUAAUCGGCAACGGUACUGUCUACGACCACGAAGGUCUCGCUGAAGCGAAGCUCAAGCACCCGUCUCAUACGACAUUCCACAAGACUCGUGUAUCGGCCUUGGACGAGGCAAAGGGAGCGACCCGAUUCUACCGCUGGCACAUUGACGCGGCUUUGUACGACUUAUCCCCGCCUAGAGUGACGACUCUGUAUGGCCUCACUGUGCCGACUGGUCCACAGCAGGUGUGCCGCUACGACGACGGGACAGGCGACGAGCUCCCAGUACCUCUGGGAACAACGGCAUUCGUUUCUGGGAAGACCAUGUUCGAUAUCCUCCCUCCGGAGCUGAAGAGUCUGGCCGUGCGUUCGAAAGUGAAGUAUGCGCCUCACCCGUACGUGUGGAUGGCUCCCGCGCAUGCGAUGGCGACCGGGUUGGGUAUCGAGUGUGAGGGAUUGGAAGUGCCAUUGAGCUCGCUCCCGGCGUGGGAAGAAGCGAAGGUGAAAAUCCUGCCGGUCGUGUGGAAGAAUGCGGUGACGGGGGAACUGCAUUUCGAGGUUCAUCCUUGUGGUGUGGCGGAGUUGCUUGUUGAUCCGAUUCCGGAGGGAAAGAGUAAGGAAGGCGCAUUGUAUCCUGAUGGUGCGCGCCUUACGGACUUGAAGGAGGUGCGAGGAUUGUUGUACAGGAUGCAACGUCCGGCUAUUGCGCCAAAGCUUGUGUACGCGCACGAUUGGAAAGAGAAGGAUCUGGUGAUAUUCCAUAAUCGCGGUGUGCUGCAUAGCGUUGUCGGUGCAUUCACUUCGGACCAGGUUCGGGCGUUCCACCAGUGUAACCUUGCUGCAUCGGACGAUCCUACUGGGCCUACUACCGAGGAUGUAAAGAAGUGGGCUUGAAGGAUAGUGUAGGAUUGUAUUUGACAAUUAACAGGGUUGAUGUGACCAUCUGAGAGGAACAGCAUUGCAAGUGUACUCACUGGCGUAUUCUUCCCUAUGUAUGUGUCGAAGAAUGGUGGGAUCACCACUGUGUGUGUGCCUUCGACUUUAGAUACAUUAGUUCAUAUGUCAGUUGAGGGAAGAUAUAAAAGCUUAUGAGUGGG